AUGGAGGUGGGCUUUAUGCAUCGCACUGUGUUCGAGUUCCUCAGGGACAAGAGGGUGUGGAAACUUCACUGUCUCAGGAUGAAAGCAAGCAGCGAAUUCGACGCAGCCAUGGACCUGUCACUCAUUAGACUACACCUUGCCAUGCAGAGCCUACACAAGCAAGCUCCGUGUGAUGCUCAGACUCUCUCAUACCUCCGAGACGGCGUUCGCUGGGGCUCGAAGGCGGACCGCGAUGCCCCCUUAAGUAGGGAAAACAUAUUCUGGAGGAUGAUGCCGUUCCUCGACUUGCUCCACACCCAAGACUUCGCCCACCCAAACCUCACCAGCCAGAUUCUCGUACGCCACGCUCGCCUUGGCCGCUAA